AUGAACUCAACUUUAUUUCAUCUAUCAUCAACAAUGAAAAUGAACUCAUCUAACUCAAACUUUGAAUCAUGGUUUAUUCCAAUUGAUAUUAUAAAUAUUAUAUGUAAUAGUUUAAUCAUAGGACUUUCUUUUAUUUUUUUAUUUCUUCUAAUUCUUGACAAAACUUGUCAUACAAUACCAAUGAUGUUAACUGGUAAUUCAUGUUUAAGUGCAUUUAUAUUUGGAUGUUGUAUGCUUAGUAUGUGUUUAAGAACAUUUCAAAAUGAUCGUAAAAAAAUUCAAUAUCAAGAUUUAUUUUGUGUUUUUCGAGCUUAUAUCACUUAUGUAUCAUGUUUUUUAUUCAAUAAUUCAUUUUUAUUACAAGCUACUUAUCGAUAUUUUACGGUUAUUUAUCGAUAUCGUUUAUACUUUCAAUCAAUUCGAUUUCAUAUAUUAGUAGUUUGUUUAACAUGGAUAUUUGCUUUGUUAUUUCCAAUUCCAUUUGUGUUCACUGGUCAAAUUCUUUACAAUGUUGACAAUCAAAUAUGUCAAAUAUAUCUUCGACUUUCCAUUUCAAUGAUUAUUAUUGCAUUAUGGGUAUAUGGAAUUCCAAUUACAUUGAUUAUGAUUGUUUAUUUUAAAUUACUUCGAUAUGUUCAUGGAAUGAGUAAUCGUAUUACACCUGUUACCACUUUAUUUCGUGCAAAAAGAGAAUUAAAAAUGGUUGAACGUAUACUUAUAUUAGUAGCUAUACUAGUCGUACUGGGUUUGCCGUAUGCAUUAUUUACUUUAAUGUCAUUUUUUACAAGUCCACCAAAAUAUCAUUUUCGAAUAGCUUAUCUUUUUGUUCAUGUAUCAUUGGUAUUUGUAAUGGUGACUUUAUUUUACUUUACUGAACCACUUAAAUUAUCGAUGAUGAAAAAAAUAAAGAGACGAUCAAAUAUAACAAGAAACAUUACAUGA